AUGGAAAAACGACUGAGAAUACUAACACAGUCAAUCAUAAAUCAGGAGCUCUCAUAUUUAAUGAAUACUCCAUUCGAGAAAGAACAAUGGUUGUCAUUCAAAAAAUUAUUUCCCUUACCUUUUCAUAAUUUUCAGGUCGAUCACGCUAUAUUAAACUUUAUCACAAUGGGAUACACUUCCUUGCGACCGGUGUUCCUCGUGCAAGAAGACGGCUUCGUCCACCCAUACAUCGACUCCAUCUGUCCGAAGCUCCGUCACGUCGUCGGAAUUUUUGAAUCUAUUGAUACUGUACACCCAAUCAAUUGGAAGAUGCUCUACGGUUCCACCUGCCUGUCACGAACCAAAAUCGUCCUCUGGAUCACGAGGCACGCCGAUGAUGACGACAUAAAGAGUAUCCUGAAAGCGUUCUGGUCCCUCGAUUUUCUGAACGUUAUUCUUGUCACAAUGAGCGAUGAUUCAACCAAUCAUGGGUUAGCUGUCCACAGUUACGAUCCCUUCUGGGUAAAUAAAGGGGGAGUUCGAGGGAAAGUGUACACCCUCGCAGUCGCUGAUUUACUCUACCCUAACAAGAUGAAGAAUCUCCAAGGGUAUCCUAUAGCAGUAUCGAUGUAUGACACCUUCCUGUCACAUCCUGUGACGAAUAUCUCUCAGUUGCGGGCCAACAGCGAUGUCGAGUUACUGCUGUCUCUGUCGUCGUGGCUGAAUUUCACGAUUGACCUGAGAAGUCGGCCGAUUUCUACAGCCGAAUAUUACAGGAUGAAAUCACCAAAUGGAACAGUAGUCGGGAUUAUUUACGAUUUGAUAACAAAUUAUUCGGAAGUGUUGGGUAACAGCCAUAUCUGGGGAAAAGCAAGCGAUCGUGUCGAGUUCCUCCUACCGCACGCGCGCUUCAUUUCUGAAGCUGUGGUGCCAAUGCCUGAAGUCAUUCCAGAAAUCAUUUGCAUAUUCAAAAGUUUUGACGUUAUGACAUUCAUACUACUGAUUCUGUUCUCUUUCAUUUCGGUCAUUUACAUGUAUUCUAAGGGAACAAACGCUCCCGUCCUGAACACUUUUCGAUUGAUCAUUCAUCAUCAGUUUUAUCAGGUAGGGACGAGAGUGUCUGAGAAGGUGUUGGCCAUUAGUUGGAUCGUAUUCGCUGGAUUAUUUCUUUUAAUUCAGCAGAGUCACCUCAUUGAAAAUAUGACGAAUCCGUUAUUUGAGAAGCGAAUUGAUACGCUGAAGCAGUUGGCGGACAGCGAUCUGACUGUGAUGACCGAUGCAGAACACUUUCCGCUUUUGAAUCGGUCGAGGGAUGAGGUCAUGCAAAAAAUAGUUAGUCGAAUAACAACUAAACACUCCUCUAGGUACUGUUACGAACGGUUGAUUGCGGGUGGAAAUGUCGCAUGUUUCCUGAACACGGUGAUAAUUUCGAGUGUGCGAAGCAAACCUGAGAUCACUCAAUCUUAUUUGAAGAUUCCCAAGAUGCAUAAAAUGCGCGAAAUCGUGGGACAGUAUUGGCGCGCAAUUAUUGUGAAGAAGGGAUUUCCGUAUUUAUCAAAAUUCAAUGCAGGUAUUGGCAGGUUAAUGCAGACUGGGUUUGUGACAAAAUGGCAGGCGAGGGAUCGGGAGAGGCUGAAACCAAGAGUUAUACACGCUGACGAUGCGGUUCCACUCAAUCUCUCGCAUUUUCGUGGACCUUUUAUAAUUUUUCUUUUUGGCAUAGUCGUUGCGACGUGUGCAUUUAUUUAUGAGAUAGUAAUUUAUAGAGUCAAGUAUUAA